CAGAGCAAAUCCAAAUAGGAAAGAAAGAAGCAGAUUGAAAAUGUUAUUUGUUAAUAGUAAUAUUCUGUUUGUUAUUGUUAUAGUUAUAGUUUUAGGGCUUGGCUUGAGAGACAGAUAGACAGGGAGACAAAGAAACAGGGCCAAGUGUACAUUCAAUCAAUCUUCAAUCAUAUUCAUACAUUCGUUAAGAGAGAUGGUGAAGUCAGCAAAGAUUCACCAAUACGAGCACCAUGAAGAGGAAUUCGAAGAUGAUGAUGAAGGAGAAGAAGAAGAGGAUGAGGAAGACGAUGGUGAUGUUGAUGGUGAUGGUGGAGGCAGAAACAACAACAGCAACAGUAACAGCAAUAGCUCCUCUUCGCUCCUAAAUAGGACUACACCUAGGUCUAGAGUCGGGGUAGGUGGGAAGAGCAGCAGCACCACCCAGAAUCAGAGGAGCACUGCCCAUCGUUCCAAGCACUCCCAGACUGAGCAGCGAAGGAGAAGCAAGAUUAACGAGAGGUUUCAGAUUUUGAGGAAUCUCAUACCGCAAAAUGAUCAAAAAAGAGAUAAGGCUUCAUUCUUGUUGGAGGUUAUAGAGUACGUACAAUUUUUACAGGAGAAGUUAAAUACAUAUGAAGGAGAUUACCGGGGGUGGAAUCCGGAGCCAAAAAAAUUGAUACCAUGGAUGGAUCCUAGCUCUAGACACAAACCUGCAGCUGAUGAGUGCUUGUGUAGCAGAGCCUGUAGAAAUCAUCGUGGGCCUGCAGAGAGUUUUAUGGAUCAUUCCCAAGUUAUAAGGAAUGGUUUUGGCCUUGAGAAUAAUGUUGACCCCCCAGCUAUUCUCUCAAAUGCACAGAACUCAACGGAAUCUGAAUUGGCCACGGAGGUGGUUUACAAAGUUCUGGAUCAUCUCACUGGGUCAACUGCUCCACCUGUUCCUUUGAAUGUUCAAACGAAGCCAAACAUGUUUGAUCUUGCUUGUAGGGGUGGUAUGCCUACAGAGUCUUUGCAGGAAUCCAUUUCUGAUGCUGAAAACCUGCCUUCCCAGCCCCAACCCCAGUGGUGGCAUGCUAGACCAUAUGCAACCGAGUGUGCUGUUCCAAAUAAUUUGCUGAAUGUACGGGAGGAGCUGGCUGUUGAUAGUGGAUCAGAUAGCAUCUCAAGUGCCUACUCUCAAGGGAUACUGAAUUCUCUGACCGGAGCGCUGCAAUCUUCUGGGGUCGAUUUGUCACAGGCCAGCAUUUCAGUACAAGUUAAUGUUGGGAAACGUUCAAAUAGUGAACGGAUUAGUAUAGCAUCCAAUUCAAAGGAUCAUGAGAAACAGUCUAUGGAUGAUCAAGUGAUGGUGCAUACUGGAGUUGGUAGCUGUAGUAAUGAGUCUGAGCUAGCUCAUAAGAGGCUUGGAACAGAAGAAAGCUAGUCUAUUAUUUUUAAUCUCUCUCUUUCUGUUUUUUUUUUUUUUUUUUUUUUUUUUUUUUCCUCAUUAUUUUUUGAGGGGGUUUUUAUUUUUUGAGUGGGCCCUGAGAAGUGGGGGUUGGUGCUGGUCAUUUUUGCCAUGUCAUGGUCGGCAGACAAAUAGGUCCUGGUCAGUUGUACAUGUUAAUGCUCUUUGGUUUGACAGGUUGCAUGAACCAUCUUAGAAAAGUAUGUCAUAUAUUCUUUUCUUUGUACUUAAAUUCAGAUCGAUGAUUCCAUGCAACAUAUAAUGAGAAGCUGCUUUUAACUUUCAAUGCAA